CUUUUCAUUGUUCCAAAUUUGUCUAGGAAGUGAAAAACCUAGAAAACGUUAAAUAAAUAUAGUUUAAGUAAGUUUAAAGCACUUUAAGUGCAUUUAAUCCAAUUUUCCUUUUUCCCUGCUUUUAAAACUUGAAGAUUAUUAAAUUAACUAUGAAUAAAUCUGCAGAAUCAUCAUUUGCACCGCUUGAAUACUAUAAGAAGCUCACAAACUGCCUUGCAAAUCGUAAGAACUUGAAAUUAAACAUCAGCAAGAUCCAAGGAAUAAGAUCCAGCACUGAUUUUCGUUUUAAAUCAACACCAUUUAUAACAAAUCGUAAGAUCCAGCUCAAGUUCCUCGCUAAUUAUCGUAUGCGAAAGGAAUUUAACGCAAAUCAGAAGCAACAACGCGAAAAAUCGGCAAAUAAGCCCGACGAAGCUAUUUUUAAUGUCAAAAACAAGAAUAAUACAGCAUUAAAUGAGAAAUUAAAGCGUAAGACUAACGAAGAGAGCUACAUCAAUUUAUCAGACUCGUAUUUUAAGGGAAAUCAAAUUCCAGAUUUAUCAUUAUUCAAAGUUCCUGGAAUUCCGCCAAUUAAGCGUCAAAAGAUCCAGAUCUUACCAAAUACAGUCAAUACGAGCAGCAUAACAAUUGCAUCACUCUUUUCUGAAGAUUUCAAUCCAAAGCAAUUCUCAACGCCAAUAACACAAGAUAAAGCACAUCCAAAACCGUUAAUUGCUGAUCCAAACGACUUUUUGCCAUCAUUGGGAAAUUUAGAGUUAGUAAUGGAAGAAGAAGGCAAUGAUAAAUGCAUGAAUGAUAGAAUUGAGGCAGCACGAGAACUUGACAAAAUGAAGGCAUACAAAAAUCUCAUCGACGAUGCUGCAACAUAUGUAGAAUCAGUCUGUUUUGGAGAAUUAACAGACGCAAUAAUCGCAAUCAUAAAGCGACUCUACAAUAAGUACGAAGAAGCAUCACAAUCACCCCGACCAUCAUUAAUCUCGUCAACAAGCAUCCGUAGCUUAAUAAAUGUUUUCACACAAACAUCAAUGGAAGCUAAAAAGACUCAAUCGUGGCCAGUUCCGAUAUUCUACAAUCAACUAAAAGGAGAAACAGUUAAUGACUUCACAUAUGACAACAACGACGAUGAUAUUAAUCCAUUAUUUGAGAACACAAAAGACUUAUUCUCCUUUUUGGAUGAUGACGAUUCAUUAGAUCUUGAAACGACUCCAAUUGAGUUCGAUAAGACUCCAACAACAUCACAAACAAGCUUCUUUGGUCACACACCACAUCCAGCAGCUAAUACAUUCUUGUCAUCGACACGAUUCUGCUUGACUCCAUAUCCACGUAGUCCAGGAUAUGGCGAAUGUGAUGAUUUGGACUGGUUGGGAGCAAAGUUUGACACAUCAAUGGAUAUGAGUUUUGAAACAGAAAGUAAUUUAUCAUUCGCUGAUAAGCGUAAUGACAAUUUGAAUUCAGAUAUUUCUGCCAUUUUCCGUUCACCACCAAAUUCCAAUAAUCAGGAAUCAAAUAAGCCAUUUUCGCGUGUCAUAUCACGUCCAAAAACGACAUCAAAUCGCAAUAGUGAAUCGGACGGGUUGUCUGAUAAGGAAGAUGAUUAUUCGUGGUGGUUUAAUAUUAACGAUAAUACACCAAAUAAUAACACAUUCAUGUCUAAAAAUGAUACACAAGAUAUUUUUGAUACUAAAUUUAAUUUGUUCUAAUUUACUUAUUUACUUCUUCCAAUAAAGCUUCUUCGUAACCUUCUUCUUAUACACAA